AUGCUUCUUAUUCUCGUAUUUUCUACCGUAAUUGUUUCCUUGUUUCUCUAUGUUGAAGUCAAACGAAAGAAAUUGCCUAGAGGUGUUCAAAUAACCAUGGUUAUUAACCAUAACUAUAAUUUUUAGGACCUUACCCUCUUCCCAUUAUUGGAAAUCUUCACCAACUUAUUUAUUAUGUUUCAAAAAGUGGUGGAUUGGUUGAAGGAUUCAAUGCAAUUGGAAAAAUCUACGGUAAAGUUUUCACAAUUUGGAUUGGACCAAUGCCAACUGUUUAUAUUGCUGACUACAAAAUAGCCUAUGAAACACACAUAAAACAAUCGCAAAUAUUCAGUAACAGAUUUUCUCCGGGAAUAUUUCAUUAUAUUCGAGAGGGAAGAGGAAUUAUUGCCUCGAAUGGUGAAUUCUGGCAACAACAUCGACGUUUUGCGUUGCAAACUUUGAGAGAUUUUGGAGUUGGAAGAAAUGUUAUGGAAGAUAAAAUAUUGAAUGAAUUGAACUGGUUGAUCCAAGAUUUUGAGAAAUUUCAAAAUAAAAAGGAAAUAACCAGUGAUGCUUCUUCGUUUUUUGAUUUAUUAGUUGGAAGUAUAAUAAAUCAAUUAUUGGUUUCCAAAAGAUUUUCAAGAGAUGAUGAACGAUUUGAAAAAUUGAAAAAUAACAUAUCGGACGCUUUGAAAAAAUUUGGCUUGUUUGAAUUGUUUUGUCCAUUAUGGAUUCAGAAAUGGGAAUGCUUGAAAUGGAGGUGAGAAAAUACAAAAACGUGUUGAAUGCUAUAAUUUUUCAGGCAAGGACAAAUGUUUGGUGUGUUUGAUUGGAUUCAUGAAUUUUGUCUUGACGAAAUAAAAGAAAGAGUUUCACAGCCAGCAAAUGAACAACACGAAGACUUCCUGGAUGUUUUCAUUGAUAAAAUCGAAAAAGAUAAAACAGAUGGAAAUAACAACAAAAAUUCCAGUUUUACUCUGGAAACAUUAUCAAUUGAUAUGCUGGAUUUAUGGAUUGCUGGACAAGAAACAACAUCUACAACCUUGACAUGGGCCGGUGUUUGUCUUUUGAAUAAUCCAGAUGUUCAGAAAAAAGCUAGAGUAGAACUUAUUCAAAUAACAGGAGGAACUAGAAAUCUUUCUUUGAGUGAUAAAAAGAACACACCAUACUUGAAUGCAGUUAUAAAUGAAAUACAAAGAAUCGCAUCUAUUUUGAAUAUAAAUCUAUUACGGAAAACAAACGAAGAUACUUUAAUUGAUGGUCAACCAUUACAAGAAGGAACUGUUAUCACAACACAAUUAUCAAUGUUACACACCGAUGAAGGCGUUUUCAAAAAUCACAAACAAUUCCGGCCUGAACGAUUUUUGGAGGAUGAACAACUCGAAAAAAUGUUGAUACCAUUUGGAAUUGGAAAACGAGUUUGUCUUGGAGAAUCUUUGGCAAGAGCAGAAUUAUUUUUGGUAUUCUCAAAUAUUUUUUAAGUUUUACUGAAACAGCUAAAUAUUUUCAGAUUCUUGGUAAUAUUCUUCUUCGCUAUGACAUCAAAUGUGCUGAUAAUACAAUUCCAAAAAUGGAAAGUAUUUCACCGUUUGCAAUGAUGAAAAAGACCACCAGCUUAUAA